CUUGGACGGUUGGGAUUGCGUCAAUCGCAGCGAGAUUUUUUUAUAGUCGGCGCAUGCUGGCAGCGCCAGUUGCCAAAUGUUUAUCCUUCAUUUUUCAACUCUCUCUAGUCUCUUCCUGCAAUUGAAAAAGCGAAGCACUCUCUCUGCGUCUCUCUGGGAUAUUGAUGGUUGUAGCUGAAUUUGGGGAUUUUUCUUGUUAUUAAGUGUUGCUUUGGUGAUAGUUUCUUGCAAUAGAUUGUCAUGGAUCAAAUCCUGGGGGGAUUGUAUGGUUCUGUUGAUGAACUUAAACUCGGCCGCACAAACCUUUCUGUUUUGUCCAAUCAGAAUCUCGAAACCAGCAGCCCUUUUGUCAAUAAAAUGAAUGGGAAUACACCUUUGCAAUCUGAUACAGUUUCUAGCAAUUUUUCCCCUGCUUCAAUGAUGAGCCAAGAGGGAGAUGCACAUGAGGAUUUCGAUUUCAGUGAUGUAGUUUUGAAAUACAUAAGCCAGAUGCUUAUGGAAGAAAAUAUAGAAGAGAAGAACUGCAUGUAUCAAGAGUCUUCCACAGCACUUCAAGCCACUGAAAAAUCCUUGUACGAGCUUAUUCACGAUACUAGCCCUUCUGUUGAUCUGAGUCAUGAAAGUCGAGCAGGAAAUCAAGUGAAUUACAGUAGCAGCACUAAUGCGAGGGAUGUAAUGGAUCCUGGGUUGACUUGUGAUCUGGAUGAGCAUAAGUCUCUAAAUGACGCUUCACAAUCCACUUCUCCAUCUUACACCUCAGGGAGCAGCACCACCACUACUGUGGAUUCUCCAAUCAGCCCUCUUAGAAUUCCUGAAAUAUUUACCGAGGCUGAAUCUGUUGUGCAGUUUAAGAAAGGGUUUGAAGAAGCUAGUAAGUUUCUUCCAAAUAGUAAUUGUUUCUUUGUUGAUUUGGAGAGUAAUGGCUUCUCUCUUAAAGAUCUGAGGUUAGAAGCUAAGGAUGUGACAGUUGACGUAGGAAAUAAGCGGGAGAAUGACCAUCCUGUUGAUGAAACCAGGGGAAAGAAAAAUCGUCAUCCUGAGGAUGUGAAUUUGGAGGGUGGGAGGAGUAACAAGCAGUCGGCAGUUUUCACUGAACCGAGUGAAAAUUCGGAUACCUUUGACUUAGUAUUACUGAAUUGUGGACAAGAAUCUGCACUUCGUGAAGCUUUACAGAAUGAGAGAAACAAGAACCUACAACAGAAUGGGCAGUCAAAAGGGUCUAACAAAGGAAAGGGCCGUAAGAAGAAACCAGGAGGCAAAAGAGAUGCAGUUGAUUUGAGAAUUCUCCUGACUAUGUGUGCACAAGCUGUUUCAGCUGAUGAUCGUAGAAGUGCAAAUGACCUGUUGACGCAAAUUAGACAGUAUUCAUCGCCCACAGGGGAUGGUAUGCAAAGAAUGGCCUGCUAUUUUGCUGAUGGGCUUCAUGCUCGCUUGGCUGGUUCUGGAACCAAGAUAUACAAAGCCCUUAUCACCAAGCGAACAUCAGCAGCCGAUGUUUUGAAAGCGUAUCAUUUACUUCUCGCUGCGUGUCCUUUUAGGAAACUCUCAAAUUUUUUCUCAAAUAAAACAAUUAUGAAUGUAGCUGAGAAAGCAACAAAGCUUCAUAUUAUUGAUUUUGGCAUUCUAUACGGUUUCCAGUGGCCUUGCCUUAUUCAACGUCUUUCAUCAAGACCUGGUGGACCUCCUAGGAUUCGGAUUACUGGGAUUGAUUUUCCUCAACCAGGUUUUCGACCAGCAGAAAGGGUUGAAGAGACGGGGCGCCGUCUAGAAAAAUAUGCAGAAACUUUUAAAGUUCCAUUCAAGUUCAAUGCAAUAGCUCAGAAGUGGGACACCAUUCAAAUUGAAGAUUUGAAGAUCGAUAAAGAUGAAGUACUUGUUGUUAACAGUAUUUACAGGCUUAGAAAUCUACUGGACGAAACUGUGAUUGUGGAGAGUCCAAGGAAUAUUGUUCUAAACUUAAUCAGGAAGAUGAAUCCGGAUAUUUUUAUACUAGGGACUGUGAAUGGUGCAUAUAAUGCACCAUUUUUUAUUUCGCGAUUCCGAGAAGCUCUCUUCCACUUUUCUACAUUGUUUGAUAUGCUGCAGACUAAUGUGCCACAUGAGAGUCCAGAGAGGACUCUAUUAGAGAGAGAAAUAUUUGGGCGGGAGGCAAUGAAUGUCGUUGCAUGUGAAGGCUCUGAGAGGAUUGAGAGACCAGAGACAUACAAGCAGUGGCAAGUCAGAAAUCUAAGAGCUGGACUUACCCAGCUUCCUUUGGAUCGGGAAAUUGUCAAGAUAGCGAAGGAGAAGGUAAAUUCCCUCUACCAUAAAGAUUUCGUAAUUGAUGAAGAUAGUGAGUGGUUGCUUCAGGGCUGGAAAGGUCGGAUUGUUUAUGCUCUCUCUUGUUGGAGACCUGCAUCUUAAGUCCAUGACAAAAUUAUCAUCACAUAAAAAGGCAGGGUUUGGAGUUAUCAUGUGCUCAUUGCCUGUCCUUUGUGAUUGCUCUCCCCUAGGCUUCUGAUUAAUGAAGUUAAGGAAAAUUGGGAGCAUAAUUUUGGUCACGGCCUUUUGUCUACGCCACGAAAAGCAACUUCUUCUGUUUAGGUAGUGGAUAGAAUUAUUCAAUUUAUUGGAUGAAACAUGAAUCAUAUGUUAGAUUGUACUGAUGCUUCCUCUACCUCAGACUAGCAAGACAUGCAUUGAUGUAUAUGUGGAACAGAGAUUAUUUCUUCUACGAAAAUGGUAGUAGUUUCUCCUGUCACUUUCUUUUCUUAACAGACUAGCUUGUCAUGAUUCUCUUUGUUUCUUGCAAUGUAUUGUGUUCUUCUUAGCAUAUUAGCUUCAUGUCAUGACACUCCUUAUUUCUUGCAAUGUAUUAUGUAAUUGCAAAUGAUAGUGAAGAGAGUAGUCGAACACUU